AUGAAGAUUUCGUUCUUGGUGGCGUCCACCGCGGCGAGUGGCGAAUAUCAGAGAUGCUUCGAAGAUGGAAAUUUCGUAUCGCAGGGCUUCAAAGAGGACAACUUGCCGAAAAUAGGCGCUGCCGGCCAGAGUACUUUCGAAGUCAGCAACGGAGAGGUCAGAUGUCGUGGUGACCGUUGUCAGGUCAUCUGCGAUGAUGGUUACCACUUUUACGGCGGUCACGAGUUCGCCAGGUGCAGACGUAUAUGGUGGGGGCCACAACCGUGGGACUACCAGUUCAUGAAUGAACUUGCUGAGUGCAAAACUUGCGACGACUUCAACACAGACGCCUCAGAUGUACACGCUGAGGAGUUAUAUCGCAAAUGGGGAAGUAGCAUCAAGCGCAUCAUGAAAAUCACAUGCCCUGGUUAUCCCAAGAAAAUGACAGCAAUCAAGCCGAUCAACAAGACGAAAAUCCAAGCAGUCUGCAAGUGCAUCAGCUGGCCGAAAGAUCGAAUGGACAAAGGCGGCAAGUGCCAUUGGCGAAUUGGUUCCAAAAUCGUCGAUGAACCGAGUUUGUCGACGUACUAUGGAAACUGGUACUGCCAAACGCCACCACAAAAAGAAGAAGAUAAUAAGGAAGUUGCGGAGGAGCCACCAGUGUUCCGAAUUCCACCAAAUCUUGUUUGUAAGCAGCAGCAGAAGCAGGAGCAACCAUGGAGCCCGCUAAACGAUGAACGAAUAAUCGGAGGAGUGACUGCGAUCAAAAACUCUUGGCCGUGGAUUGUCAACAUCAAUUUCUUUGGCUACAACUGUGGCGGAACAAUCAUCGACGACAAGACAGUGAUCACGGCGGCUCAUUGCUGCAAGGAUCGAAUGGAUACUCCAGAGUUUAUUUCCAUCACAAUUGGCGAUCACCACAGGUGGAAAUACGAUUUAGGAGAAAAGAAAAUUUCUGCCGACGAAGUGAUCGUCCAUCCAGAAUAUAAACAAGUUGGGCUUGUGAAUGACAUCUGCAUUUUGAAAUUUAAUCGAAACGGCGCUGUUAACCUCAAGCUUCAUAAUGGUGCUCCCGCGUGUCUUCCAGAGGCGGGUUCGAUGCCUGCUCAUGGGACUCGAUGCUGGUCUGCCGGUUGGGGACUCGUGAACCAUCCAGCGGGAUUCAAAUCCCUCCCACAGGAGUUACAAGAAGUUGACUUACAGGAAACGUGUUCUAUCUGA